UCUCGUACAGAUACGCGGGGCUCGGGGAAACUUUCCAAAUUCACUAAUCACCGACCAGAAUAUAUAUAUAGAUAUAAAUCAUGGGGUUUGACUUGGAUCGGUUUGCAGAAGACGUGGACCCUGACUUAAAAUGCAAGCUGUGCACAAAGGUUCUGGAGGAGCCGCUGUCCACCCCGUGCGGACACGUUUUCUGUGCUGGCUGUUUGCUACCUUGGGCGGUACAGCAGAGACUCUGCCCGCUGCAGUGCCAGUCCAUCUGUGCUAAGGAACUUCACCAGGUCCUUCCACUGAAAAAUCUCAUCCAGAAGCUGGACAUCAGAUGUGAUUAUCAUGCCAGGGGCUGUGCAAAGACAGUCAAACUGCAGGAAUUGAGAGAUCAUGUAGAAAUGUGUGAUUACAGUCCAGCCCAGUGCAGGAAUAAGGGCUGCAAAGAGGUGCUCAAUUUAAGAGACAUGGACUCUCACAUGAGGGAGAGCUGCGAUUACAGACCCGUAGGAAUCUGUCAGAAAGGGUGCGGAUUGGUACUGCUCCAUAAGGACCUGAUCCAGGGGAAUCACUGCUGUCUCCGGGCACUGAGAGCCCAGAAUGGGGCGCUACAGGUAAAAACGUCCAGCUUGGAGAAAGACACGAAGAAGCAGGCUGUCAAAUGGAGCAAACGAGAAAAAUCGUUGCUGGCUCAGGUAUCAGCACUUCAAAAUGAAGUGCAACUCACUGCACUGAGGUACCAGAAGAAAUUUAACCAGUAUAUGAUCCACAUCAACAACAUUACUAAAUAUGUUGCAAGCCACUGCAAGGGAGGAGAACAAAAAACACUUAAUAUAGUUCUUCAUAGAGAAAGUGAGAGUCUGGGAUUCAAUAUCAUUGGAGGAAGACCGUGCCAGAAUCAGGAAGAUUCUACUGCCGAAGGAAUUUAUGUUUCAAAAAUCUUGAAAAAUGGCCCAGCAGACAGAGCAGAUGGACUUCAAGUUCACGACAGGAUUGUGGAGGUCAAUGGGAGGGAUCUGUUGAAGGCCACGCACGAGGAAGCAGUAGAAGCCUUUCGCAGUGCCAAGGAACCAAUUGUAGUUCAAGUUUUAAGAAGAACUCCCAUCACAAAGAAUCAUGGGACAUCUCAGGAAAUCCAUCUGGUGGAUGUUUGCACUCAGACAGACAUUACUUUUGAACACAUUAUGGCUCUCUCCAAGUUAAGGCCAUCAACUCCUCCCGUACCUGACAUCUGCCCCUUCCUGCUCUCUGACAGUUGUCACUCACUACAUCCAAUGGAGCAUGAAUAUUAUGAAGGAAACGAGUUUCUCUCGAGCAUGCCUGCUGAUGCAGACCGGACAGAGGAGUUUGAGUAUGAGGAAGUUGAACUGUGCCGUGUCAACAGCCAGGAGAAGCUUGGACUUACCUUGUGCUAUAGGACUGAUGAUGACGAGGAUAUGAGCAUCUAUGUCAGUGAGGUUGGGCCAAACAGCAUUGCUGCCAGAGAUGGUCGUAUCAAAGAAGGGGAUCGAAUUUUACAGAUAAAUGGUCAUGACGUCCAGAAUCGUGAAGAAGCAGUGGCAUUACUCUCAAGUGAAGACUGCCGAAAUAUUGUGCUGCUGGUUGCCAGACCAGAAAUACAGCUGGACGAAGGCUGGCUGGAUGAUGAGAGAAAUGAAUUCUUAGAAGAGCUGAACAUGGAGAUGUUGAAGGAACAACACCACGAAGCAAUGCAGUACACAGCCAGCGAGCUGGAGCAGCCAAAGAAAAGUGAGGAAGAUGGUGGAACGACAGACACGGCCACCACCUCAUCCAACACCCAGGAGAAGGACAGCGGGGUGGGCCGCACCGAUGACAGUGUGCGCAACGAUGAGAGCUCUGAGCAGGAGAACCUGGGGGACAGCCAAAAGCAAGUUUCGCUGCAGGACAAACGAGAGCUGGGCCAGAGUCAGGACACGCUGGUGAGCAAUGAGAUGCCGUGUAACGAGAGCUGUGUGUCUGGUGAAUAUAUCGACUCGGACUGCACUGCAGCCCAGGACGAGGACUGCGAGAGGUUCCGCCAGCUGCUGAAGCUCAAAUGCAAGAUAAGAAACAGCGGCGAGUAUGACCUUUACUACAGCCGCAGCAGUACCAUCGAAUGCAGCCUCAAGGAACCAAAUGGGGUAGAACGGGAGCUACAGCUGCUCAACGAAGAGCUCCGUAACAUUGAGCUGGAGUGCCAGAAUAUCAUGCAGGCUCACAAGCGUCAAAAUGCAAGGGAUCAAUAUGCUGAUGUCUGGUCAAUCGAAGAGGAAGGCUAUCGAAAUUAUAACACCAGUGAUGACUUGCAGAGAGCUAAGCUAGUGGAUAUCAUAGAGCACCCAGAAAAAUCGGACAAGGACAGCUCCAGUGCGUACAACACAGCAGAGAGCUGUCGCAGUACGCCACUGACAGUGGGCCAGUCACCAGAUAACUCCUUGCAGCGACUGAUCAACAUUACGAACAAGAAGAACCUGAGGAGUACCAUUGCAGCAAACCAAAUGACUGCCAGACAAGACAGCAAAGAGACAUGUCUGGCUAAAACUAAAAGUUCAGACAGUUCAGCAGAGCAGCAGGAUAAUGCACCUGAAAGCAAUAAACUUACUGAGCAUGAGAGGUCUAGUAUUCCACAGAUUCCGUAUCUUUCACCAUGCCACAGUUCCCAGUACAGACAUACCAAUAUACCCACUCACGCCAGGCACUACCAGAGCUACAUGCAUCUCAUCCAGCAGAAAUCUGCCGUGGAGUACGCCCAGAGCCAGCUUAGCCUUGUGAGCAUGUGCAAAGACUUGCAGAAGUCUACAGAACCUAAAAUGGAGUGGAAGGUCAAAGUCCGUAGUGACGGGACGCGAUACAUCACAAAGAGGCCAGUGAGGGACAAAAUUCUGAAAGAGCGUGCCUUGAAGAUCAAAGAGGAGCGCAGCGGAAUGACGACAGACGACGACACAAUGAGCGAGAUGAAGAUGGGCAGGUACUGGAGCAAGGAGGAGAGGAAGCAGCACUUGAUGAGGGCCAAAGAGCAGAGGAGACGACGGGAGUUCAUGAUGCGCAGCAGACUGGAGUGUCUCAAGGAAAGCCCUCAAAGUGGUAGCGAAGGGAAAAAGGAAGUAAACAUUAUUGAACUGAGCCACAAAAAGAUGAUGAAAAAGCGGAAUAAGAAAAUCUUAGACAAUUGGAUGACAAUCCAAGAACUGAUGACCCAUGGGGCCAAGUCUCCUGAGGACCCACAAGUACACAAUGCCUUCUUGUCUGUUACUACUGUAUAAUAUGGACACUACCAAAUUCGGUAGAAUUUAAUUGCCUCGUUCAAUGUGGCAUUUUUUUUAAAAAACAUUUUUCACAGUUUAUAACCUGAAUACUUUUUGUAAACAAUUUUUUUAACGUUUUCAUGUUUCUUUUUCCUUCAGCUUAAUUAUAUUGUUUUAAAACUUUACAGAAGUUUUUAUUUGUUUUGGUUUAGUUUUUUUUUUUUUACAAUCUACCCACUACUAAUUCCAUUUACCACUUUAAAAAAAAAAAAUCUAACAUGAUAUCACUGUUCUUAAAAUAAUGUAACUGAAUCCUGUCAACUUCAAUGCCUCUGUUUAAAGGUGGAGCUUUACAGUAUGUCACCACUAGAUCCACUAGAUCAUUCGAGGUAGCUCCGAACAGGAUUAUUAGUUAGUUCUGUACCAGUUUAAAAUCAAUGAUUACAAUAUAUUCAAAUAUAAAUAUUUAAACAAUUGAACAAAUGCGCUUUAAAACAAAUCUAUAACAAUAAGCCAUGCACAAGUGGUAACAGAAUUUAAUGGAAGUUUUAGACUAGUUCAAGAAAGUUAAUCUUAACUAAAUCAGAAAAACUAAAUAAACCUUCUAGAUGAUUACAUUUCCUUAUAUUUGCCUUGGGACCUUAAUAUUUAAAAUAGUCUAUCCACUGGUCAGGCAAUUACGUCUCAGCCUAUCAUGUUUAUGCAUAUUCUAUGCCUCAAUAAAUUAAAAUUUGAAUUCAGUUGUGGGGUUUGUUUGAAAUACUGAAACAAAAAAAACACAGAAUUCUGUAAAGCUUUAAACAUCCGUAUGUAUAAAUAUUCUGCAACAGUUUCCUGCUGGAUUGUAUGUAAUAUAACUUAUUGUUUCUUUAUAUUUUGUAAUCGACCCAAAGGAGGUUCCUUUGUAUUGUAUGGGCUGUAUGUAUAAAAGUUUUUGUUUGUAAAUACCUCUUUUUCGUGGUACGUACAUGUUUCAUUUAGGAUUCGGAGAUGUAUAAAUGAUGUUUACUGUUUCGUGUUGUCUUUGUCGUUGUGUAUGCUCAGUCAACAACAGUUAUACUUUUGUGUCCGUCAGUUCUUCAAUUAACCUUGUGUUUGGUUCAUGGGACCAGAGCUAGUGCUCCUCCCCCGUUCUGUCCCUCCAAAAUAUCGUCAGUCUCCCAAUUUAAAUCCCCAAGUCACACCUUUAUUCUCUGUCUUGGAUUUUUCAUUUCCUCCAUCCUCCUUUCCUCCUCCAUAAUACUGCUCUACCUCUGCAACGGUCUCCCUCUGGAGGCAACUGAAGCUCACUUCCCAGCCUUAAAGGCCCAGGCGCUGGCCUCAUCCUCCGCCAGGAAGAUUCUCUGUGAGCCAGAGGAGACUAACUAACUCUUUCGUUUUCCCGUUCUCUGCCUACUCUAUUUCCCUUGGGGGAAAUAAUGCUUGCUUCCCAACCUUAGAGGCCAGUCGGUUUGGUCUCACCUCUGCGACGGUGGCUCUCCGUGAGCCAACGGGAAACUCUGUCCUCUUUUCUAAGUCACAAAGCACUUCUCUCCUAUUAGAAUUCCUGAGGUUCCAUCUCCACACAUCCCUUGCACGUGUCCUGUGAAACUUAAGUUGGAUGUAAAAUCUUUUCAUAUCUUCUUCGUAUGCAGCCAAAUAAUUUACACUUCCUCCAUGGUGGUGUAACUCCAGGGAUGUUUUGUGGUUUAUUACUUUUAACUAUGUUACUUCCAGAUCAGAGUUUCUUUUUUUAUUAUUAUUUGUAUAGGCUUACAUGACUGUAUGUGUGGGCUAUUAUUCUCUCCCAGCAACUAAUAAUGAGGGCUUGUGUGGCCAAGAUUCCUGUCAACAGGCAGAGAAAAAAAAGACAGCUGAGAGUAUUUAAACCCUGAAAUAUGACAGUUGGAUGACUCUUAAAAUGUGUUUCAGGUGUUUGGACAGAUCUGGAGGUGUACUGCAACAUCCCCCUGAAAAUAUGUUCAAAAUAUGUGUGGCUUGCUGUGUUUUGCACAAUAUAGCAAUUCAACAGAGGAUUAUAUCUAUAGCUGAGGAUGAUAUUCAAGCCCCCAUUGACAAAGUAGCACCCAAUCCCUUACACCCCAACAUUAUAA